AUGAAGUGGGGAGGAAGAAAACACUCUUCAGCUUCUUCUUCUUCUUCUAGCUCUUCUUUUAUUUCUCAUGCAUCUCCUUUCUCUUGGUUGUCAAAGUUCAAGCACAUGAGAAUCAAUUCAGAAAGUGCUGGAAAAACGAAGCACAAGGCAAAGCAGAGUGGUUCACCACAGUAUUCUUGUGAGUAUGGAGAAGAUAAAUAUUGUGUAAAGGAUGAUGAUGGUGCUUUCUGUAGACAAUUACCAUUUAAUGAAGAGAGUUAUGAGGAUAAGAAGAAUAAAGAUAUUGAUGAUAAUGUUAAAGUCAUUUCCUGCUCAACCACAAGUUGCCUUGGUGUUAGAAGGGAUGCUAAGAAACAUGGAAAGAGAGAAGGCACACUCAAGUUAAAGGAGAAGGAUAAUAUUGGUCUUGGAGAAGAAAGAAAGUUGCUGAAUGAUGGGAAGGUUUCAAAGGAGAUGGAUGAGUACAAUAGAGAAAAGGAAUAUGAAAACUUAAGGAGAAGAUUUGAGAGGAAAGCACAAAAGGCUUUUCAAGAGCAACUCUUGACAUUAGGAAGAGAAGUGGAGGAAGUUGAGUUUGGAUCCAGUAAAACAGUGGAAAAAGAAGAUGUGUUGCAAUAUGAAUCACCUAGAACAAUUUGCACCCCAAGAACACAUGCUUUUUCCACUUCAUCAGUUUCAAAGAAUCCUAUCCUUGGAAAUAUUACAGAAGAGAUUGAGAAAACUGAGAGGCUGUCUCCCAAGAAAAUGAGUUCUGAGAGGCAGAACUUGAAACAAUCUGAGGAGUUGAAGAGGCAGAAGCAACCACAUCAUCUUCCUCCCAGCAGAGAACUUCAAAGGAGGAAACAAAAGCCAAGCUCUAGGGUCAAAAUACAUUCUCCAAGGAUGGUUUCCAAGGUUGAAAUCUGCAAAAUAAAGGCUCUAGAAGACAUGAAGAAAGCAAAACUAAAGACAAAGAAAAAAAGGGAGGAAACUGUGGAGGAAACACCAGGAUUAGAGAGCUUUGCUGUGAUCAAGUCCUCAUUGGAUCCAAAGCAAGAUUUCAGAGAUUCAAUGAUUGAGAUGAUCAUUGAGAAUCAGAUUAGCAAGCCAGAAGAAAUGGAAGAUCUGUUGGCAUGUUAUCUGACUUUGAAUGCAGAUGAGUAUCAUGAUCUCAUCAUCAAAGUGUUCCGGCAGGUAUGGUCUGACAUGACCCGAGGUGGUUUGGGUAUUAAACUAAACUUGCAAUGGAGUUACUAUGAAUAA